GAAAUUCAACCAUGGCUGCUGCUCCAAAUGAAUCAACUCAUCAAAUGGUUAUAUCUGGAGCAAAAUGCAAACAGAAACAUGCAGUAUCAGGAGGUGGUUCAUCAUCAACAGCCAUGAUUAAUGCAUCAUUAUCAUUGAGUGAAAACAAUGGCACACAACCUAAUAAUUCUGGGUGUUGCUUAUAUGUUUCACCUCAAACUGGUUUGAUCCGUUUCCUCAAUUUUGGUCAGAUGAAACAGCAGCAAUAUUUGAAAGAUUUGGGAUUUCCCAAUUCUACAAUGACUCCUAUGUUCAAGAAAAUUCUAAGUGCAACUGAUACUAAAGUCAAGAGUGGACGUCUUGUGAUUCCAACCAAAGGCGCAAGGGCUUAUCUUCCAGAACUUGAGGAUAAGCAACGAUGCAUUCUCCUUGAAAUUCUUGACACCAAAGGGAAUAUUUGGAAGUUAAGCUACCGUUUUUGGGAGAACAACAGAGGGAGGAUCUAUGUUCUUGGAGGCCUUAAAGCUUAUAUUACUAUUUGGAAAUGGCAAGUUGGUGACCAAGUCACAUUUUAUCGAAUUGAACCAGAAAAUAAAUAUCUUAUUGUAACUGAAAAAGAGCUUCCAGUAUCUGAAAAGAAACUUCCAGCAUCGUCGUCUUAAUUAGUUCUCUUAAUCUCAGGGCACAUCACCAAAAUGGCCAUGUUUAAACAUGUGAGUCAUGAAAUUAAUAAUUAUUAUUGAUCGAAUUAUUACCAGCAAGGGAGUUGUUAAGACUUGUAAACUUGGCUUUAUUUUUGUGACUCAUCUAAGAUUUGGUUUUGUUUCUGUUUAUCAUUUCAAUUAUUACUUUUGUGAACCUUUUGGUUAUUUUCUUUUUGUUGUUCUUCCUUUUGCCUAUUAACAGUUUCUUGUGAAUAUUUAUAAAAAUCAUAAGAUUC